CCCCUCCUGGGCGCGCCGCCCCAUCCGGAACCAAAGUGCGAGGGCAGUGACGCUGGGGCCCGGCGGGGACGGACGCGCGCCGGAAGUGACGCGUCGCCGCCCGCGACGGCUGGCAACGGCAAUGGCGCACAUCACCAUCAACCAGUAUCUACAGCAGGUAUAUGAAGCGAUCGACACCAGAGAUGGAGCAUCAUGUGCAGAGCUGGUGUCCUUCAAGCACCCUCAUGUGGCAAACCCCCGGCUGCAGAUGGCUUCUCCAGAAGAGAAGUGUCAACAGGUUUUGGAACCUCCUUAUGAUGAAAUGUUUGCAGCUCAUUUAAGGUGCACCUACGCGGUAGGGAACCACGACUUCAUAGAGGCAUACAAGUGCCAAACGGUGAUAGUCCAGUCCUUCCUGCGGGCGUUCCAGGCCCACAAAGAGGAAAACUGGGCUCUCCCUGUCAUGUACGCGGUGGCCUUGGACCUUCGAGUGUUUGCCAAUAAUGCCGAUCAGCAAUUGGUAAAGAAAGGCAAAAGCAAAGUUGGAGAUAUGCUGGAGAAAGCCGCUGAGCUACUGAUGAGCUGCUUCCGCGUUUGUGCCAGCGACACUCGCGCUGGCAUCGAGGACUCGAAGAAGUGGGGCAUGCUGUUUCUUGUGAAUCAGCUGUUUAAGAUCUACUUCAAGAUCAACAAGCUGCACCUGUGCAAGCCCCUCAUCCGCGCCAUCGACAGCUCCAACCUGAAGGAUGACUACAGCACUGCACAGAGAGUCACAUACAAGUACUACGUGGGACGCAAGGCCAUGUUUGACAGUGACUUUAAGCAAGCCGAGGAGUACCUGUCCUUCGCCUUCACGCACUGCCACCGCGCCAGCCAGAAGAACAAGAGGAUGAUCCUCAUCUACCUGCUGCCCGUGAAGAUGCUGCUGGGCCACAUGCCGACUGUGGAGCUGCUGAGAAAGUACCACCUCAUGCAGUUCGCUGAGGUGACUAAAGCUGUGAGUGAGGGCAACCUGCUGCUGCUGCAUGAGGCACUGGCCAGGCAUGAGACCUUCUUCAUCCGCUGUGGCAUCUUCCUCAUCCUGGAGAAGCUCAAGAUCAUCACCUACAGGAACCUCUUCAAGAAAGUGUACUUGCUACUCAGAACCCAUCAGCUGUCCUUGGACGCCUUCCUGGUGGCCCUGAAGUUCAUGCAUGUGGAAGACGUGGACCUGGAUGAAGUGCAGUGCAUCCUGGCCAACCUGAUCUACAUGGGCCACAUCAAGGGCUACAUAUCGCAUCAGCACCAGAAGCUGGUGGUCAGCAAGCAAAACCCGUUUCCCCCACUGUCCACCGUGUGCUGAUGUGGAGGUCUGGAGCAGCGGCCCUGAUGGCCGGCUUCUGGCCCU